GUAUACGAUCCCAGAAUAGUGUCGAAGUGUCUAACGUGCUCGCGAUACCAGACUCAGGGUAUCGCAAUCCCCCAGGCGUGGUCUGGACUUCGAACCACCGAUUCAGGACGACCGUUCCCAGGCGAGAUCGGUGGGCUAUCGACUCAGGACUACCAAGUCCCCAGGCGAGGUCGGUAGCGAUAGUAAAACCAGUGCGUGCGGUAUUAACCGUAAGACACCAAGGCGUGCAGCUCAGUGUAUACUUCGUACCAAAUAAAGACAUUGUUAAAACUACAGUGUGGACAGUAAAUCGUACACACUGCUACGGAACAGAUAUGUUGCGUUUGGCAAAAAGACGUAGUCGCAAACCUUAUCAUUUAUUAUCAGCAGUUCAUCGUCGUCGUUUGGAAAAGUUAGAAAGAGCUGCACGCAAUGAAUACGAAUGUUUACAACAGAAAAAUUUAAAUAUUGCUAAAUCAUUCACACAAAAUCUUCCAGUAUCAAAAUCACUACCAUUACACAAACAAACAUCACGCUCUCCUUCACCAACCACAAAAUCAUUCGCACGAAACAUUCCGUCAAUAUCAAAACCACUACAACAUAAACAAACGUUAUCACAAUCACCAUCAUCUGUACAACGCAAUCGCUUAUCACCAACCAAACAAAACCAUGAAGAGUGGACAAACGACGAGAAAACAUCUUGUGAUAUAACGCGAUCUGUAAAAAUGAUCAUGGCACAACUACGUCGUAUGGAAGAGCGACAAAUUUCUAUUGAAGAUAAAAUAGAUAAAAAUGCGAAAGCCAUUAAACAGCUAAUGCAAAAAUCUGUAGUAAGCAGACCAGUGAAGCCACAAGGGAUUUUGUUUAGAACCGUGGAUGAUUUCUUGGCCUUUGAAGAAGUUAACGAAGAAAUUUAUAAUAAUUUAGUGGGAUACUUCGUUUAUCUUGGACGUGCCAAUCCAGUUGACUGCGCUGCAGAAUAUUUUCGCAGCGUAUUUCCCGAAGAUGAGGAGGUUUCACCAUAUCUCACUUUAAAUGGAAGAAGUGGACCAGGGGGAUGUAAAUUGAGAGACAGUCGUUUCGCUCAAGCAUGUCAAGACGCCAUAAAUGUCAACAAACAUUUCCCCAACCCCAACAACGUCGAAUUUUAUGAAGCUUUGGAGAAAGCUCUAAAAAGCCUUAAAACGAGAAAAUGGCGUUACAACAGAAAACGACAACCCUCUCUUCACAAAGAAAAUGAAGAAUUCCCACUAAAUCGACGCCGACGAAUGGAUACUCGGAAAGAUGACAUGGAAUUCGAGAACACCCAAGAAGAAGCUGACGAUGCCAACGAACCAGAAGAGUCCCAGUACACGAAGAGGGCUGAAAAUGUUGAUGAAAUGUUCACUCAGCGCAUGGAUGAGUCCGAGGAUGACAGCGAGGACACCCAAGAGGAAGCUGACGAUGUCAACGUACCAGAGGAAAGCCAGUGCAUGGAGGAAUUUGAAAACGUUGAGGAAACAUUUACGCAGAACACGGAUGAAAUAGAAGACAACAUCAAGGACAUGGAUGAAGCUGAGUACCCCGACGAAACCGAGGACAACUUGGACGACAACUAUACCCUGGAGAAGACGGUACAGAACAAAGAUCUGCCAGUGCCAUUGAGAGAGCAGGAAAAUUUCAUGGAGGAUGAAACCUGGACU